AAGCACAAAACCACGAACCCUAGUUUUCUUCUGUGGCCUCUCGUUACUCCGGAGAUUCAUCUGAGGAUUUUCCUGGAAAAUUUUCGUCAGAGCAGACCGGUGAUGGCUCCAAAACAGCCAAACACUGGCCUAUUUGUGGGUCUGAACAAAGGACAUGUUGUAACCAAGAAGGAAAAGAUUGCACGCCCUUCUGAUAGAAAGGGGAAAACCAGCAAACGAGUCCAUUUUGUGAGAAACCUCAUAAGGGAAGUAGCUGGUUUUGCUCCCUAUGAGAAGAGAAUAACUGAACUUCUGAAAGUUGGAAAAGAUAAACGUGCUCUUAAAGUUGCAAAGAGGAAGUUGGGCACUCAUAAGAGAGCAAAGAAGAAGCGUGAGGAGAUGUCCAAUGUUCUCCGCAAGAUGAGGUCUGCUGGAGGUGGAGAGAAGAAGAAGUGAGGGGUUGCACUUGAAUAUCUCUUCUUGGAGCAAUCUUGGUGAAGAGAUUAGAAAUCAGAGAAGCUUAUUUAGAUUGUGUCUUGUUAAACUGAAGUUUGGAGUUUUGCCAUUAGGUUUUGACUUUUUGAGACGUUUGCGUAUUGCAGCCCUGAAUUCGGAUUACUUACAUCUGAGCUUGUUUGAAAUGAAACCAUUUAAGUUUCACCUCUAUUUUUAGCUUUA